GCACUUAUACGGGAUGGCUACAGAUGUCCUGUGACGGGAGCGUAUGACACAGUGGCGCCGGAUAUGCUCGGUAAUAAGUUCGCAAACUCUGGCGCCUGGCUCAUCGAUACGGAAUGCGCUCACAUCGCGCCGGAACCCAUAUAUUUCAACGUAAAUAUUGACGGCUCCGACCAAGCUUCCAACAAAAGAGAUUAUCCGGCAUUAGUUCUAACGGCCCUCCCGCGUUUCGGCUACGACGUCGACAAAUUGAGCGAUCCGAAGGCUCACUCGCUCUAUAAUGUGAUGACACUACAACACGACGUACACAACGGGUUUGAGGGGCUGCAACUUUGGUUCAAGGAAACAGACACUGCUAACUGUUAUUCUGUCAAAGUGGCGAAGCCAGGUUUUGGUCACGGGACGAGGGAGCGGGUGAUGUUCAGCACCCCUGACCCCGAGCGUCUCCCGCUCCCUUCUCCACAGCUCAUGGUAUUGCAUGCGACCUGUGCGAAGGUCGCCAACCUUUCCGGCGCGGCUGAAUGUCUUGACAAGCUGGAUCGUGAUUUGCAGACGAUGAGUACACUGGCGGACGAUGGAGGCUCGGCGGAAGUCUUGCAUCAUGCGAUCGCCUCCCUCGCUGCAAGUGGUGUCAGCCUUGGCGCG